AUUCUUUGUUGUAGCUGCCGUCAGAGGUCACUGUGGUCAUGUUUACAAUAAUUUGGAAUAUAGCAUGUUUCAACUUAAUUGCUCUUAUUUGAUCAGUUUUAUGCAAAAGAAAUGAAAAUGGGACCAAAAGAGAGGCUAAGUCAAAAUGAUAUAAAAAUUGUACGUCAGGCCAAUCUGCUCCUUGAACAACUGAAUUCUGGCAGCAGUCUGAGUUGUGUGGAAGACAUUAAUGCAGCUGUUUAUGUCACUCUAUUUGAGGGUCUAUGUGGGGAAAAGUUACAGGGUGUGAUUCAGAAGGCUAUCAGUAGAGAAGAUGAGAUACAAAAUGUGCAGCUGGUGAUUGAUAUUUUAUCUCGAGAUAUUCUUCACACCUCACUGGCUCACAUUACUGGGCGAGACAUUGUUGAUGGGAAUCGUGAAUCCAUCCUUAACUUACUGGAGAUAUUUGGUGGACUUUUGGAAUACAUCCUGAACAAAAUAGACAGUGAUGUUUCAACAGAUGGUGAAGGUGAGUCAGAAGAACUGGAUGAAGAUCCAGAUGCUGUACAAGCAGAUGUUAUUGACAAAAUCCUAGAACGAGAACUCCAGCGUAACUACAGCUUUGAGGGGAGUCCAGAUCGACUGACUCCUAAAGCCAGUCCAGGCAGGAGGAUAUCUCCCAUCAGAUUCCCUAAAGCUGACCAAGGGAGGAGAAACCUGCGAAGUCCCACCAAACACAGGGAGCCAUCUCCAAAGAAAUCCCUGAGUGAGACUGAGGCCCUGAUAGCAGCAGUGAAUGAUAGUUCUACUGUAGUCAAAGAAACAACUGUCAGCACGGAUCAAAACUCUACAAAUGAGCUGAUUAAAGAGGGAGAGAAAUUAGAGAAAGAGCUAUUGUGGGACAAAUACAAACCAGGCAAAUCAGCGGCAGAAAUAAGAGAGGACUUGGUCAGACACAGGCGAGAUUUGGGGCUGUCAGGGGAUCCUUUUUCAGACCUGGUACCAGUGACAGCUACACAUGGCAAAAGACAGAGUAAUGUAAACUCUGGUGAUUUAAGAGAUACUGAGUCUUACGAGGGUUUAUGUAACAUGGUCGAACAAACAGCAGCCAUGGCUGAGGAGGCUGUAAAUUGCAGUCCAAGCCGAGCAAGAACGAUUCUAAGAAGCAUGGAAAAUGAUUAUGACACAGGGAAAUUACACAGCACAUAUCCUAACCCAAAGAAAAACCAAUUUGGGAGUCCACCAAAAAAGACGAAAAGUCCCGCACGUCAAUCAGAUGAUGAAUUGUACUCCGACACAGAGCUGACUCCAAGUCAUGGCAAAAGGAAGGUGUCUUUUAUGGUGGAGAGAUCAACAACUUCAGAGUCCAGUCCCAGCUUCUUGAGAACGGCUCCUAGAUACAAAACUAAAACCAAGUCAGCUUGGACAGAGAAUAAGAAGGGUUCAAAGAAACCUGUGCAGGCCCGACAGGACAACACACAGAAGAAAGGUCAAUCAGGCGAAAGUAGCCUCUUUGACUUCGAAAAAAAUCCAGCCAGUUUCUCUUAUGAUGAAUACUUAAAGAAACAGUUUCAUGAGAUUAUUGAUGAUGUUCUUAGCGAAGAUGAGGCCAUGCCAGCCAGAUUUAGGUCAAGUAAUGACCAGAAAAAAGUCCACACUAGUAAGCUUGGCAGUAAAUCCAAGGGAAACUACUCCAUCUCAGAUACACAGCGACUGCUGAACAAAGAAAAAGAUGUCAACAAACGCAAAGUAGAUUUUCUACAAAGAAUAUACCAAGAGGACUUAGAUGAACUACAGAAUGAAGCAGAGUAUGGAUUGAAUACAGAUAGAAAAGGUGCUAAGCAUGUGGAAGAUGAAUACAGAAAGAAGGUACUGACUAGUUCUAGAAAGAGCAUGAAACCAAAGGACUUUGGUGUGAAGAAGAAAACACUAGUCCACAAACCCAGUGUGUGUAGUAAGGCUAAAAAAAAAUCGUCAAGUGGGGUGACAGCAAUACCAAAACAGAAGUUGACAAUUAAAGACGAUGAGGACAUCUUGCCCAUGAUGCUUAAGGAGUUCCCUCACCUCCACCUAUCACUCCAUACCUGGCAUGAACUGUGGAGGAAGGGCAUUCACCAAAUAGAGCAGGUCACACGAGCCAACCAGGAAGUACGACGGAAAAAAAGCAAAGCAAAAGCGGAGCUGGAAGAAGCAGAGAAACGUCAUGAAAUCAUGGUUCUCUUAAUGAAAAAAGAAAUGGAGCAUGGCCAACGUAUGAAAGACAUCAAAGAGAGACAGAAGCAAACCAUUGCUGCUAAAAAUUUGAUCGAAGAGAAACGAGCACAGUCUGCUCGGUCUCGUAAAUAUUAUGAUGAUUACCAGGUCAGGAUGAGAUCAAAAAUGCUCAAGAGACGUACGAGAGAGGAAAUGAUUUUCCGCAAGCUGUUUAAAGAUGGAUUGGACAUUCAAAAGGAUCGAGUUCGAGAAAUGAAGAAGUAUGCCAAGGAACAGAGAGAUACUGAAGCCGGAACUCAGAGAAAUGAAAUUGAGUCCAUGGAGAACUAUUAUCGUGAUCAGUUUGAGAUGUUGUCAGAAUCCAUUACCAAAGAGAAAAAAGAACUUUUAGUGCGGGAAAAAGCACAGAAGAAGGUGCUUGAACAGAUGAAGAAAGAAAUGCGAAAGAAGAUGGAGUCAGAAAUCCAGCAGUUACAGGACCAGUUAGUGAGAGAUGACGACGAUGCAUAUUUCAGGCAGCUAGAUGCAGAUCGUGUCAUUCAUAACUUACAGCUUGCCAAAUAUCAUGUGAAUGUGUAAUCCGUCUCUCUGAAAACAUCUCACUGUGAUAUCUUUAUAGGGUCUGAAUUCCUGUGCUGGAGUAACUCAUGUUUGAAAUAUUUUCAAAUUUAUUCAUUUCAGUACAAUUAUAUAUUUGCAUUAGAUGCAAAGUUUUUUAAAGGUAGGAUGUGGUGUAAAUGUUAAGAAGUGAAUAAUUUGUUAAUACAUUGUCCAUGUGUACAGAACGGUGCAUUUACUUGGUUUAAAAAUAACUGUUUUAAGUAGCCAGCGAGUAGGUGAAUUCAUAGCAGCAAAUGUACAUAUCUAUUCAUGUGAUCAUGUACAAAAUUAAUCCAUUGUCCAUCAUGACUACCAGUAGUGUUUUUAUAGACUUGUCUUUACAUGUAUGCAUGUACAUACACAUUGUAAAAAAGAAAUUUUUUUAUAGGUUCAAGCAGUUUACAGUUUCUGAAACCAUCUUUUAUUUUGAACAUAUUUUAUUGAGCAAAUCAAAAGGAUUCGGAAAACGUUACAACUUUCUAGUUCCUCUUCUUUUCUUUUAAAAGAAUGUUGGUAUAUAAAUGAAUUUAUUGUUUCAACGCUAGCAAUAAGGUAUAGUAGUGUUUUAGGUGGGCAGAUUAUUAUAAAAUGACCUCUCAAGUACAAGGACAUUUUAAAUUUUCCAAUAAGAAAUUUAAACAAGAGGCCCAUAGGCCACAUCACUCACCAGAGAACAUUGUAACUUGUGAAAAAGCAUUAAAUCUUUUAAAAAGAAAA